AUGCACUCCGAAGCGAGAGCUGAAUCCGCCCUGACUGUUCGUCCUCCCACCACCCUCGAACGAGGAGGAUCGCCGCCCCUGACGCCGUUCCCGCCGUGGGUCAGCGAGGAGGAAGACGAGGGCGAUGAGGAGUGUGAGAAUCGCACCUGGGGGGAGAACUCUACGACAAAGAGACACAGUUACGACGGUGGUCAUGUGCCGGUGACGAUUCUGCGCGUCGAGGGGAAGUGGGUGGUUAGUUCUGUCAUACAUGGCCUCGUGCUCGCGUUACAGUUUGCUGUGACACUGGGUGUUUUUAGUGCUUUGAUGUGGAUUACCGUUUGGAAGGAGAAUGAUCCUGGUAACGACUUUGACAACUGGCUUUGGAAAUUUGCGGACCCGAGUCUCGUUGUCGUUCUCCUCCUCUGUGCAACAAGCCUCAUCAUCCACGAAAUCAAGGUCCUGUCAUCUGUAGCUCUUCUCUACCUCGAAUCACUUAUCCUCAUUGCCACUACUGUUGCGAGCUUCGUCCUCUGGACGCGGUGCUUCCAGGAGGAGAGUCGCAGUGUCAAGGGUGUGUUGAUGGGCAGUAAUGUGUUGAUGUGGGGACUUGCGUUCUUUGGAUUCGUCAGAGCCGUUGUCAUCUGGAAAGUUGAGGCGAGUGAAGGCGACGUUGACCAGGAGAGGGCGGUCAUGUAUGGGACGUUUGUUCCAUGGGAUGAAAGACGAGAGUCUUUGUAG